AAUAAAGUUAGAGAAUCAUCUCAUCCUUCUCUCCUCCGAUCGCGCCUCUCCCUCCCUCUUCCCCUCCCUUCUACCUACCUUUUACUUAUUAGGUACAUUACCUAAACAUCUCAACCAUCAAAGCAAAAAUGCUAGGCUGCAUUGGUGGUUUCCGUGCCCUUGCGGCCAAAGUACAGAGACUCUUUGGCCGUACGCCAAAGACUUCUUCCUCUGAGAAGCAACCCCUUCAGAUUUCUGCACCCUUCGAUUUCAAGCACGAGACAGUGUCCUUGCCGGGAGUUUCGGAAGAUGAGAUCGCCAUUUUGAAGGAGCAAGCGGCGGCGGCCCGCAUCGGCUACGCCGAUCCUUCGUCCAUCGGCACCCCGCGCAAAGCUCCCGCCCCGCCAUCUUUGCGACCCGUCACCCCUAUCCUGAAGGUGACACCAAGCACCCCCAUCUCUCCCGCCGAGAACCGCAUCUAGGGUUUUCAUUUUCAAGUCCCUCCAUCGGCUAAUGACGAAAGUCGUCAUGAGAGUAGUUAUGGCUCAAUACCUGACAUACUCUCAAAUGAAAGCGAUGGCCUUACCUCGCCGUCGCCUCUUUAAUGCUGCUAAGAAAAUGGCAGCCUGCUUUGGUCUUACCUGGCUUCCACAAUUCGCUUCUUAGUUCGAUAAGAAGUGCUUAAUUAGGUGUAUGUGGUCAGCUAUAUAGUAGCUAUCUGGCUACUUGUGUGGGUGUUUGAACUCUACUGGCCUCUUUUUUCAUACUACG